AACCCAACCGACCUAAUGGGCUGCUCCGUAACUCCACCACUAGGUCCACCACCUCUUCUCUCCCGCCACCACCGCCAAAACCCGAACCCCAUUACCCACCUGACCCGACGCUCCCUCCUCCUCUCUACCCCUCUCUCCUUAACCCUCAAACCCCCACCCUCCUCCGCCUCUCCCCCUCCUCCCCCGCCGCCCGACACCACCAUCACCGACCGCGUCUUCAUGGACUUCAGCCUCUGCCCCACCUACUUCCGCCCAUUGUCCUCGCCCGACCCGAAACCCAAUCUCUGCCCCGACUCCAUCCCACUCGGCCGGCUCGUCCUCGGCCUCUAUGGCCACCUCGUCCCCCUCACCGUCGCCAAUUUCAAGUCCAUGUGCACCUCCUCCGCCUACAAGGGCACUCUCGUCCACAAGCUUUUCCCGGGCCAAUUCUUCCUCGCCGGCCAUCAGGGCGACAAGCCCGGAGACGUCCGCCGACCCUCCGGCCUUGCCCGGAACACCGAGACCGUCGAUUCAAAAUCCUUCGCUCUCACCCACUCCCGCCCCGGCCUCCUCUCCCUCAACCUCUCCGAGAACGACGACGAGGACGACAUCAAGCUGGACCCGGAAUACCGAAAUGUCGAAUUCUUGAUCACCACCGGACCCGGACCCUGCCCCGACCUCGAUUACAAGAACAUCGUCUUCGGCUCGGUGCUCGAAGGUAUGGAUGUUGUGACGGCCAUAGCUGCCAUACCAACGUUCAGGCCCUCGGAGAAGAUACAGCAAUUCAAUGAUUUUGCAGAGUUUUUGGGGGACGAGAGAGCUGGGAAUGCUCGGGCUCUGUGGAAUAAGCCUCUCAAAACCAUUUAUAUCAGUGAUUGCGGUGAGCUCAAGGUGGCAAAACCUUCCCUUUCUCCUAGCCUUCCUUGAUCAUUUAUGUACAUUGCAUUUGCAUAUAAUAUAUGUAACUGUUAGUAUUGUUCAGUUCACUGAUUCAAUAUUUUUUUAUAAUUGUAUCUAAAUCUUGUGUUUGCGAAGAUUUUGUAAUGAGAACAUACAGCUUCUUAAGUUGUUUAGCAUGCUUCGUGCA